UUAAAGCCUGUCUAGUGCCAUUUGUACGAGGGGCCAAUUGAUUUCUGAGUUUUGAACUUGUCAGCCUCCUCAUCCUCUCAUAAUUUUUUUUGGUUGCAAAGUUGAUAGUAACUUAGAAAAAGCAUGCCAAACAAGGAGAAUUCAGCGCUAGUGGAAGCAAAGGUUCCUUUGCUAAACAGUAACCAAUCUUUAAGAGUUCAUGAAAAUGGAGAUGAUCAAAACCAUGAAGACGAUGUCCUGUCUCAAAGAAUAUGGAUUGAAUCAAAGAAGCUAUGGCAUAUAGUAGGCCCUGCAAUCUUCAGCCGCAUAACUUCCUACAUGAUUUUGGUGAUCACACAAGCCUUCGCAGGCCACCUUGGCGAUCUUGAACUCGCAGCUUUCUCCAUUUCCAACAAUGUCAUCGUCGGCUUCGACUUCGGCCUCUUGCUGGGUAUGGCGAGUGCGUUGGAAACUCUGUGCGGGCAGGCGUAUGGCGCCAAGAAACACUACAUGCUAGGCGUAUACAUGCAGCGAUCAUGGAUAGUUCUCUUCAUAUGCUGCAUCUUCCUGGUUCCUCUCUACGUGUUUGCGACGCCGGUCUUAAGAGUUUUGGGUCAGCCGGAGGAAUUGGCUGUCCUGGCCGGCGAGGUGGCGCUAUGGAUGAUUCCUCUUCACUUCAGCUUCGCGUUCCAGUUCCCACUGCAGAGGUUUCUUCAGAGCCAGCUGAAGACAGCCGUGAUAGCAUGGGUGUCGUUGGUGUCGCUGCUGGUGCACAUCGCCAUUAGCUGGUUCUUUGUGUCGCAGCUGAAGUUCGGGGUGGUUGGAACAACCGCCACGGUGAAUUUCUCGUGGUGGGUCAUGACUUUGGGGUUGUUUGGGUACACAGUUUCCGGUGGCUGCCCAAACACUUGGACUGGUUUCUCGCUUGAAGCUUUUGCUGGCCUUUGGGACUUUGUUAAACUCUCUGCUUCUUCUGGUCUCAUGCUCUGCUUGGAGAAUUGGUAUUACAGAAUUCUGAUACUGAUGACAGGAAAUCUACCGAACGCAGAGAUUGCUGUGGAUGCUUUGUCCAUAUGCAUGACAAUCAAUGGCUUGGAAAUGAUGAUUCCUCUGGCAUUCUUUGCUGCUACAGGAGUGAGGGUUGCAAACGAACUUGGAGCUGGGAAUGGUAAAGGAGCAAAAUUUGCUACAAAAGUAUCUGUGAUGACAUCAAUUGCAAUAGGACUGUUCUUCUGGAUGUUGAUUUUGAUAUUUCAUGACAAAUUCGGAUACAUAUUCUCUACUAGCAAACCUGUCCUUGAUGAAGUUAACAAGCUUUCUCUUCUGUUAGCCUUCACUAUUCUCCUCAACAGUGUUCAGCCAGUUCUUUCAGGUGUGGCAGUAGGAUCAGGGUGGCAAUCAUAUGUUGCAUACAUAAACUUGGGCUGCUACUAUCUCAUUGGGGUUCCUCUUGGAUUGUUGAUGGGCUGGGUCUUCAAUCAAGGAGUUAUGGGAGUUUGGGCCGGAAUGAUUUUUGGUGGAACAGCAACUCAAACAUUAAUAUUAGGCCUUAUAACCAUUCGGUGUGACUGGGACAAAGAGGCUGAGCGAGCCAAAUUGCAUUUGAGAAAGUGGGACAAUCCAAAAGAACUGAACUAAUUCUUCUUAAUUUUUAUUCCAGCAGCGUUUCGUAGUUUAUUUGUUUUGUGUAAUGAAUUAGUGAUAGUUGUAGGUGUUAGAGACUUGGAGAGUAUGCGAGGUUCGUUUUUUUCCCUCUCCCCUGAGUUGUGAUUUGUUGGUGUCGGUUGGUUUUUUUCCCAACCUUAGCCAAGUCCAAAAAAAAAAAAAGAUAAAAGAAGAUUAGGUGUUUUUUUUUGGUAAAUAAAGGUUAGGUGUUGUUAUUAGUUGAAGAAUGAAUUUGUUCAUAACGUACAAUGGGCUAUUAUUAUUAUUAUUGAUGCCAUCCAUACCUCCACUGAAAGAAUUGGCAUCUUCUGUAAUCAGGCUUCAAACUAUAAAACUGUAUCGACAAAAAAAAAACUAUAAAACUGUGAUAUAUUGUUUUCAUUAUUA